AUGGAUAAUUCUAAAUCAAAAUAAAACUAAAAAACCGAACCAUUAAGACCCUGUUGUGCAUGCCCAGAAACAAGAAAAUUAAGAGAUGAAUGCAUUGUUUCUUUAGGAGAAGAAAAAUGUUAAAAGGAAAUUGAAAAUCAUAAACUUUGUUUGAAAAAGCUUGGAUUUGAAUGA